CAUCUACUGUUUCUGGAACAUGGCCGGUCAAAUUAAGGACAAGGAUGCUUUUCAGCGGCUUAACUUUCUUUACCAGGCUGCACAUUGUGUUUUGGCCCAAAACCCUGAGAAUGUAGAGCUUGCCCGGUUUUAUUGCCAUACAGAACGAACGAUUAGCAAACGAUUAGUCCUGAGACAGGACCCAUCUGUCAAAAGAACAAUUUGCAAGAGAUGCAACUCCCUCCUUCUUUCGGGAAUCACAUGUACUGUGCGUCAGAGAAAACGCAGAGGACAGCGGCAAACAGUCGUUAGAUGUCUGAGUUGUGGUCUCACCAAACGUUUCCUCAACAACCCAAACUACAGACUGUGGUGUGAGCAGCCAGAGGCACAGUUAGAGAAUCAGCCAAAGCCAGAGACAAAUCCUGGUUGUCAGAAAGACCCAACCAAAGAAAGACCACCUACCCAACCAGAGAGUGAAAAGAGUAAUACUACAUAA